AUGGAUAAACGAAAGAGAUAUGCGGUUGAUAAAAUUAUUGGCAUUGGAAAAAGUCAAUUCGGGGAUACAUGGUAUUUAGUAAAGUGGGAGAAUUACAAAAAAACAACCUGGGUAUAUGAUGGUGAUUGCGAUGGCUGUCCCAAUCGCAUCAGAGAGUUUUUGGAAGGGUUUAAAGGGGAACCCGUGCCACUUAGGGUAACCAAACCAUUUUCCGUGGAGCAGAGACAGAGAGUGGAGGAAAGGAGGAGACGUGAAAUGGGACUGGGAAAACAGGGACUGGAAGAAGAUACCCCUGAAUUUGGUCGUGCUUCAUCACAUGUGCACGACAGACCGAAUGGCGAGUUUGAAAUAUUUCCAAAAACUGAACUAACCAGACUUGUUUUACAUCAGUUAGGCGUGGCCCUCGGCUUUUUUCUGCCCCCUAUUUUGGUAAAGGACCACGAAAAUAUCGACGAUAUUGGAGCCGAUUUGAAACUCAUGUUCUACAUUGUGGCGGGCGUCUGCACGGCCUUAUUCAUUGUAGUAGUGAUCGGCUUUCAAGCUAAACCGCCUCUUCCUCCGAAUGCGGCACGCAUUGCACCUCAAUCGUCACAGCCGGUGACCUACUACCAGUCAGUCAAAACGAUUGUCACUAACAAGAAUUACAUUUUGCUUUUGAUUACGUACGGAAUCAAUGCGGUUGUUUUUUACGCUAUGUCAACCCUGCUCAACCAAACUGUGCUUCGACAUUUUCCGGGUGAAGAAGAAAAUGCGGGUCGAAUUGGCUUGACGAUCGUCGUUUGCGGCAUGUUCGGCUCGGUAGUGUGUGGUAUUAUUCUUGACAAAACGCACAAAUUCAGGGAAACAACUCUUGUGGUGUAUGGAUUAGCAGUGGCCGGAAUGGUCGCCUACACCUUUAAGUUCGAACUUCAAUAUAUCGUCAUUACGUUCGUCACGGCCGGAGCUGUAGGGUUCUUUAUGACUGGAUAUCUGCCAUUUACCUGGACGGAAACGAGUAGCCAACAAUGA